AAAUAAAAUUCAUUCAUGGCUGAGAACAAUUUCAAUAAGUUUGGUGCCCAGGCUCAAGGUACUCUGAUCGGAAACUGGCAAGAAGAAAGAGAACUGAAAGAUUUUACUGGAACUCACAGAACGAUUCCUAAGCAGCAUGUUCCAAAGAAACAUCUUGACUUUGAAGGCACAAUUACUAAUAAUUUUAAGUGAGAUGUCACUCACGAUAGGGUUCACGGAGAGAAAGUCUCUGCUGAUAUACACUCGGAAGCAUGGACAAUCGGUAAAGGGAAAAAUAAAGCAGAUCUCCUUCCAAGAGUUGGUAUGAGAACACUUACUCUUGAAAAAGAUAUCCAAGCUGCUGUCUUGAGAGAGCUUCGAGAGAAGGAAGAGGAGCAAAAGAGAAUAGAUGCUAUGAGGUACUUUGACUCAACCGCUAAAACUACAUAUGUAAAACAAGACUAUUCUCAAAAUGUUGUUGGAGCAAGAGUCAUGAAAACUCAAAAUGGGGCUCCUAUUGAUCAAACUGUAAGAGAUGAAGAAUUAAAUGUCGAGCAUGGAUUUGGAAGGAGAACUCAAAAGACCACAGAUCAUGCGCUGAGAAGAGAAAUCCCUGAGGGAGAUUUCUCCCAAACUCAGCCUGUCACAAUCUAUACAGAAGCUGUAAGAACAAAAGCAGUUAUGAUGUCGGCCUCUGUUGGUCCAAACCCAUUCGCCAAAACCAGUGGUUUCACUCAGCCUACACAAGAGACUAGAGCUGUUAAGAAGUAUGAAGGAAAUAUUAAUUUUGAGCAUGAAAAGAAGACAACAGAUUUUAACCUCACUCACAAGGAUUUGAAUCCCAAAAAUCAUCUCAAACCAGAUACUCAAAUUGAUAUUGAUAACUUCGAAAACCUCAAGGAAAGAAUUAUCAGUCUCUGCAGGAAGAGAUCAGGAAAUGGAAUCAGAGGUCUCAAGAUCAUGUUCAGAGCUAUUGAUAGGGAUAGAAACAAGAAGAUUGACCCAACCGAGUUCAAGUACGCAAUGAGAGACUACGGAAUCCCAAUCAGUGAGGAAGAAGUCUCAGCAGUAGUGAAGUAUUUUGAUACUGACCGUGAUGGCAAGAUCUCUUUUGAUGAGUUCCUCAGAGCUGUUAGAGGAGAUCUUAACCAAAGAAGAACUGAAAUGGUCCAUAUGGCCUAUAAAGUUCUCGACAAAACAGGGGAUGGCUUAGUCACAAUUGAUGAUAUUAUGGAAGCAUAUGAUACCAGCUAUCAUCCAGAUUUCCAAUCAGGAAGAAAGACCAAGGAAGAGGUCCUCCGUGAAUUCAUGCAAGUUUGGGAAACCCACAAGAAAGAUGGAAUAGUGACGAUUGAAGAAUUCGAAGAUUACUAUAAAGACAUCUCUGCCUCAAUUGAUAGCGAUGACUACUUUGAAUUAAUGAUUAGAAAUGCUUGGCAUAUUGCAGGAGGCGAAGGCCAGUGCGAGAAUACUACAAUCCAAAGAGUUCUCAAGACCAAUGAAGAUGGGACCCAAGAAGUUGUAAUGGUAGAAAAUGAUCUUGAUAAAACAAACAAAGACGCAAGGAAUACAUUUGGAAGAAUAGAUGUUUAA